CAAUGAAUAGACGAUGUUCAGUGUACAAUUUGAUUGGUCAGAGUUUAUUGUUUACCUGUACAUAGAAGAAUUGGACUUUAACUGCUGCUCUGAUUGACCAGAAACCUCCCACGAAGGGACUUAAUGAGGCCUUUAUUAAAGCCGUUACACACCGUUUGAGAGAACUGGCAGAGAAGUGACAGAACUAGCACAAGAGCAAAUGUUGAUGGAAAGCUCUCCAGAAAACUACACAAAAUUUGUCUGGAUGUAAUUCUGUCUUGUCAUUCAAGGAGAGAGUUUAUAUUGAAGAAUAUCUUGUAGUACAUGGUUGUACUUUGAGUCUGGCUCAAUAGAUAGACAUGAUUGAUGAGUAAUUUACCUAAGGAAUGUUGGAUGUUGUAUGGUUUUCCUCACAAUUCUCUUGGACAUUGUACCGCAUCAACAGGAAGUACAAUUAAAUUGUACCAGCAAACAUAGCCAUACAUAUUGAAAUGUGACACCUGUAAUUGACAACAAAUUCAAGCGAAAUUGAAUACCUGUAAUCUAUAUCCUGUUCAUUGUAAUUCUUCUUUAUGAUUUAAUGUGAAGCUUUAAAUCUCUUUAACAAUGUAACACAGUGUACUUUGUGUUUACCUGUGUAGGAUUAUUGAUUCGCUAAUUGCUGCAGUGUCAACAACAAUAGGUAAUUACAGGUAAAUAGCUGUGUCGUUACAGGUGAUCUCAAGUACUAUUAUACAGAUUUACCUAUUCCAAUUCAUUGAUAUUCAGUAUUCCGUGAUUUCAUUUACUAUCCUUUACAUUGUUUCUUAUUUACAAUAAGGUGUCACAUACAUUUUUAAACUUAUACGGUCUACUUCCCUUAAGCUAAUUAGAACAUUUCCAUGUGCGUGAAAGGAAAACAAUUCCAGCUUGAUAUUCAUUGAUUGCUGUUCUGUACUACAGAAAUAUUGGCGAUUACACACUCUCAGAAUAUAAGAAUUGAGAACCGAAUCUCGUACAAUAUAUAUUAUUUGCGACGAUUUUACAUGGAUGUUGAUUUCACUCUUUUUUAUUAACAUUUGCUGGACCAUCAUUGUCUUGGAUUGCCAUCAUUCUAGUGUAAUGUCAAUGGAUUAUUAGUUAAAUUCUAAAGAGAAUGACAAUUUGAUAGGCCAGAGAUAAGCUUGUGAAGAAGGUUGAUUCAGUCGGAAUCAACUGAACAUAGAUAGAUGAACCACUGUAAAAGACAUUAAUGUUAAACAAAACUAGGUCUGCUGAAUGGUUAUACCAACAUAGUGACAGAAGGAUUAAGUUUACACAGAUAUCACUGUGGUGGAACUGAAAUGUGGAAAAAUUACUGACCGUUACGUCUGAGUGAAUAAUCAAAUCCUGCUUGACCAGUGUACUAUAGAUUACUGGUCUUCAUUGUAGAUAGAUUGACGACUGGGCUGGUAGAUAUAUGUCUAUAAAUUAACUGUACUUCUGGACACCGGGAAGGAUAAAGGCUGUGAAUCUUAUGUAACCAUUUUUUUCCCUUCAGUAUUUUGAGCUGCACAAGUUUAGAGUAUUAACAGUUCUGUGGCAUUUUUGACUAUUAACAUUCCAUUCUGCUAAAUAACUUAAGUGUUGCUGAUCGAGUCUGGAAAAAAAAUGGAUUACUGUUAUUAUGAUGACAUACCUGCAGCAAGUGGUUUUCAUCGUGUGAUGAGCACCAGUGUUCUACGAAUACCAAAGCAACGCAAAUCCUUCUGGCAAAGACAUGCUGACGAUUUGAUUGUCACACCCUUCGCUCAGAUUCUGGCCAGUCUACGGAGUGUCCGCAACAACUACAUCACCCUAACAAACAUCCAAGUUUCAAGAGAAAGGACGAGAGGCAGUGCCGCCACAACCAACAGUCCACACAAUGCUCAUAAUAAAACGUCCCAAACUAACUGUCAAAACUCUACACAGAACAACAAACUGGCAGAUGAGAACUACACCAAGCUGGCCAUGGAUACCUUAGAAGAACUUGACUGGUGCCUUGACCAGCUAGAAACCAUCCAGACUCACCGGUCUGUUAGUGACAUGGCAUCCAGCAAGUUUAAGCGGAUGUUGAAUCGAGAAUUGAGCCAUUUUGCGGAAUCUAGCAAGUCAGGAAACCAAAUAGCAGAAUAUAUCUGUAGCACAUAUCUCGAUAAACAACAGGAGCUGGAUUUACCGACAUUCAAGGUAGAAGAUCAUAAAGAACAGCCAAUACGUGAGGAGAAAGAAGUAACACCAGAUUCUGAGAGAAGGCCGAUGACGAAAAUAACUGGUGUCCGCAAAUUAAAGCAUGCCAACAGCUUUACAGGAAUUGUACCAAAGUAUGGUGUGGAAACGUCGCACCAAGAGGACCUCAGUCAGUAUCUUGAAGACAUUAAUAAAUGGGGCGUUGACCUAUUCAAAAUAUCAGAAUUAUCCAACAAGCAACCUCUUACCUGUGUUACAUAUAUGAUAUUCCAGGAACGAAAUUUAAUGAAAACCUUCCAGAUCCCUAACACAACCCUAGUCACAUAUCUAAUGCAUUUGGAAGAUCAUUACCACACAGAUGUACCCUACCAUAAUUCCAUGCAUGCAGCAGAUGUUGUACAAUCCACGCAUGUUCUUCUUUCAUCACAGGCUCUAGAGAAUGUGUUCACAGAUUUAGAAGUGCUUGCAGCCAUAUUUGCAUGUGCAAUGCAUGAUGUUGAUCACCCUGGCCUGACGAACCAGUACCUUGUAAACACAAGUUCAGAGCUUGCCCUCAUGUACAACGAUGAAUCAGUACUGGAGAAUCACCAUCUGGCUGUAGCAUUCAAACUCCUACAGGAAGAAAACUGUGACAUUCUCUUUAACCUUACUGGCAAGCAGAGACAGACGCUACGUAAAAUGGUCAUUGAUAUGGUUCUAGCCACUGACAUGUCCAAACACAUGAGCCUCUUGGCCGAUCUAAAGACAAUGGUAGAAACAAAGAAAGUGGCUGGUUCUGGGGUACUUCUACUUGACAACUACUCCGACAGAAUACAGGUGUUACAGAACAUGGUUCACUGCUCUGACCUUAGUAACCCUACCAAGCCUCUCCAGAUGUACAAGAUGUGGGUGGAUCGGAUCAUGCAGGAGUUCUUCCUCCAGGGUGACCUGGAACGGGAGAAGGGCUUGGAUAUUAGCCCCAUGUGUGAUAGACAUACGGCUACAAUAGAAAAAACACAGGUGAGCUUCAUCGACUACAUAGUCCAUCCUCUGUGGGAGACUUGGGCAGACCUCGUGUUUCCAGAUGCUCAAGAAAUUCUCGACACCUUGGAAGAUAACCGCGACUGGUACAUGCGGAUGAUUCCUAUCAGUCCCUCGUCCAGCUUCUGUUCCUCACGGGAUAAAGAAGAGGAGACACGCUUCCAAUUUGACCUAGAGGAAGACAGAGAUACCCUUAGUCAAGAGUCGGACGGUGACACUCCAGUGACGAUAAAAUUCCCCAGUAGUAGUACGAACACGGGAGCUAGUGCGAAAUGACAGAAAAGUGGCUGUGUUACUGCAACAACGUUCAUCUUGUGAUAAAAAUAUCUGAUUGAUCCCACAGGUGUUGAUAGCUUGUCGGGGUAUAUCGGUUAUCCCCUCCAAUAGACUGAAAAAAUAGCAUUCAUCAUUCAUUUAGAGGAUGCAUGUUUAAUCCUCGGCUGAUGAGUUGACUCGUCGGGACUGUUUAAAACAAAACACCGAAGCUAUUUGACUAUGGCUGGAACCUCUCCCCUCUCCAAGCUUCCUUUGUCCGACCGUGAUAUCUAUCACAAAAACACGACACAUUUGUUUUGAAACAUUAUUAGAUCUCAAUGAGUUGUUAUUCUUUUAUUGUUUUUUUGAUGUAUAAAAAAACAGAAUGCUGAAACCUGAAUGAAUCUCGGUGCCAAGACAUUAUUAAAUAAAUUGUUGAUUUGACCGUGAGUCUACAACUCGACCAAGGUCAUGCUUCAUGUCCCAGCUAGUGUAUGCCAACUACUGGGAACAAAAAUACUACACUGAGGCUGUGUGCCAUUUGAUAUUAAAUUCUCCAGGGUAUUUUGUGUGGCAUGCGUGAGCGCAUCUGGAUUGAUCGUCAUUAGGUAUACGUUCCAGUCAGCUUUGUGAAGGAGUCUUAUCUGCUGGUUUUGAUUUUGCGCUACUGUUACCUCUGAAAAAAUCAUGAACGAAGCAGACAUCUUGUAACUUUUGACGCAAUUUUAGUCAUUGACAAUUGUAUUGUUUUGCGUCUUGUUCGAGGAAUGUCGGUGUGAAUGUGCUUUAUCCAAGUAACAUUUCCAUUGGUGGAGCAGGAUUUCAUCAGCACAAAUAUAUUUGCAUAUCCGAGAUAUGAUGAUAAACUCAUGGACAAAACCACAACAGGAUGGACGUGAUUAUAAUGUGGCUACCUGUUUCCAAAUCGUCAUUAGUCUGGCACUAUUGUACGAUUGUGGAUGAAAUAACUGCAUAUAUGCUUGAAGGGUUGUAAUACUGUAUGGAUGGUUGAACUUUUGUUUUGAUUGUAGCACUGAAUGCCAUAUAGAACGUUUUAAAGUCAGUGCUAACAAAUAAGUAUAUCGAGCAGAAAUCUCUUGAGUAAUUCAGGAUUUACCUGUCGAAAAAUACCUAGUACGCACGCUUACAAAGUGAACAUCAUUUCAUCGGAAUUUCAUUUCAUGGCUUUGUUCGACAUGUGAUAACAGAAGUGGAGACUGAUUUUCAAGAAAACGAAAAAGAAAAAUAGUGAAAAAAUACUCAUUACUGACUAUUUCUUGGUGAUGAGUCAUCUGGUCGCCAUGAUUUGAUAUUUAUCUUGAAUAUCCCUCCACAGUAUGUAGGCUCAUAUAGACUUUAUUGGUUGAAUCAAUGUACAUGUAUUGUUAUUUUCUACACUUCAUGGUAGAAAGUAGAAAUGUUUCCUAUACAUCCAAUUUGUUCCUUGUAGAUUUUUUUCUUCCAAGUUUACAAGAUCUACAUUUAUGUACUAUUAACUUACAUUGGUUCAUGACUAAAUCUUGUUUCAGCAUUCUUUGAAUGUUGAAAUAUUUUACGACAUUAUUAUGAAAUUUGUUAAAAUUUUCAUGAUGAUUGGCAAAGCUGUGCUUUUUGUGAUUUUGUAGAGCUCUGUGAUUUUACAGCCUUUUUUUCCCUGAUCCCCCAAUUUAUCGGUAGGAAAUCAGGUAUGUGCUUUUGGACUUAAGGGUUGAAAGGGCUAGAACAAACUAAGUCAAUUUACAUGGAAACCUGUCUUUGUCUGUGAAUACCCUAAUCAUCAUUGAAUCCGUGUCAUGAAAGCUCUUUAAGAUUUGUAACAUUGUUUUUCAUAUAUACUUGGGAAUUAAUUUUCAUUAAAGACAUUGAAAACAUAUGUAGUGAUUUGAAAUUCACCAUUUCAGAUAAAAGUAUUUAUAUGACCUAUCACAAUUCAAAUUCAUUGUUGUUGGUUGAAAACAUUUGACAUGAAAAAAGGCCUUUAUUUCUCUUUGAAGUAUUUGGAAAGGCAACUCAUUCACUCCUUUAAAAUCUUUUCUUUCUUUUAGGUCAGUCUUUUUUAAUAUAGUAAAUUCUAGUGACUUAUGGAGAAAACCAGCAUUGUUUUCAGUAUAUCUGUACAGGUAAUUUUACACAGUAAAAUUCUCGUUUCUCUGUGUACAUAAUUUAUGCGUAAUAAAUUCUAUAUUUUAAACAAGUAAUAAAGUAAUAUUAUGGUAAAAAUGUCCCAUUUCUGUCUGAAUCUUUUAAAUUGUUUUGCAUUUUCCUUAAAGGACAUUGGAGAUAUUCUGGCAAUAUGAUUUUUUAAUUGUAGAUAUAACAAUGUGAAGACAUUUUUGAUUUGGUGUAUGAGCAGGGGGACAGGUUUGCCUGUAAAUUACUUCCAAGUUGACUGUUAUAUCAUUGGCUAAGUUAUUACAGAUAUUUGUUGAGAUUUUCUGGAAAUAUUAUACAUUAAGAAUUAUAUAUAUUAUUAUGAAUAAAGUGGAAUAAGUUCAAAGUAA